AUGUCGCAAGAAUUCGAUGAAUCUGAGAUUAUUUUCUCUGAGAACUUCUUUCCGAUUCGCCGGAGAGAAAUCUCCGACGAGAAAGAGAAUCGUCCGGUUGAUUUCCGAGAAAACUCCGACGCAAUGACGAGAAACAAAAGCUCGAGACGGAGUAAUAAUAAAACGACGCCGUUGCCUUCUUCGCCGUCUGCGUUUUCGAGUUCGCUACCGGUGAAUAUACCUAUGAGACGGAGAUACUCGUCGGACGAUGAGGAAGAGGAAUAUUCCGAUGGGAAAAUGAUUCCGCCGCAUCUGAUAAUUGGUCGGAGAAUGGAAGGAGGUCAAAUGGCGUUUUCCGUUUGUACAGGUAACGGAAGAACUCUUAAAGGACGAGAUCUGAGCCGGGUCCGUAAUUCGGUUCUCAGGUUAACCGGAUUUCUGGAAGCUUAA